AUGCCCAAAGCAUGCCUGCUGCUGUGUGUUGCCCUGGUGCCGCUUGGGCUUGUGCAUGGAGCGAUGCUGAGAAAUGAAGAGAAAUGGAAGUCACUCAACAACCCCAGAAACUGAGAUCUUUUUUUCAGAACCCUUCAGGCAUAUUUUAACGGAAGAGGUCUUGAUCUUGUGAGGUUUCCAAAUUCUUUCUCCGUGAAUGAGAAUCCCAGACCACUCUCUUUCCGGUCAGAAUUUAUUGCUUCUGCAUUUGCAGAUUAUGAAGAGCAGAAAAACUCCUUUCCCGAUUACCUCAAGGCUGAAGUUUCUCCUCAGCGCAGGCGUCUGGCUAUUUUCAAACUACCGAUGAAGCAUCUCAUUAGAAAAAUUCAACCAUGGCCAUGGCUAAUCUUUUGCAUGGCCUCUUGUCCACUGUCCCAGAUCUGGGGUGGUCAAGAACCGUUAAGGAUACGAGGUUUUACCCUACUUGCAAGUGACACGCCAGCCCACUACAGCUUCACAGAUGCUGGCAGACACCUGAGACUCCUGGGUCUGAGGCAGCGGACUUAUCACUCAUGGCACAGCAGGCAGCAUGAGUUUUACAUUCUCAAUGGUUCUCCUUAUCCCCCAAGUAUCAUGGGGGCCACGUGGAGGUGGGCCCAGGUGUAUGCAGCGCACAAGUAG